GUUUGAUUUCACCUUUCUCCUAAAGUUGCGUACAAGAAUUGAGUAAACAUUGGAUUGAAAUUUGAAAUUCCUCUUGUUUAAAGGUGUCUUUAACUGUUUAUCUUUUUGUUAAGUUGGUCCACAAUUAGUGAUGAAAUAAAGUGACAUUCUCAAUAAGUGGAAACUUGACUUACUGAAUCGUUUUUUGCUGCUUAGCACAGUUUCUACGAUCUUAUCUAUUAACAACACCCUCCAAACACUAUUGAGGAUAAGUUUUUUUUGGCUGUCAUUACAACAUAUGUUUCACUUUCACCUUAAAAAAACACAUGUUUCACUUGUGAUCUUUGUUAGUGUUCUCCUAGGUCUAAGGGAAUUUCCAUACCCUCUCAGAUUUAUUUCCUUUGUAUAAAGUCUCUGGAAUAUAAAGUGAAGGGAAGCAUGAAUUCAACAUCAACACAUUUCGUGCCACCGAGUAGAGUUGGUAUAUACGAGCCUCUCCAUCAAUUUGGUAUGUGGGGAGAACCUUUCAAGAACAAUAUCGGCAAUGGAGGAAGUAUGAACACUCCAAGCCACAUUAUUAUACCGAAUAAUCAAAAGCUAGACAACAACAACUUGUCAGAGGAUACUUCCCAUGGAACUCCUCACAUGUUUGAUCAAGAAGCUUCCACGUCCAGACAUCCAGAUAAAAUACAGAGACGGCUUGCACAGAACCGCGAGGCUGCUAGGAAAAGUCGCUUGCGCAAGAAGGCUUAUGUCCAGCAGCUGGAAACAAGCAGGUUGAAGCUAAUACAACUAGAGCAAGAACUCGAUCGCGCUAGACAACAGGGAUUCUACGUUGGCAAUGGCAUAGAUACUAGCUCUCUUGGUUUCUCGGAAACCAUGAAUCCAGGGAUUGCUGCCUUCGAGAUGGAGUAUGGACACUGGAUUGAAGAACAGAACAGACAGAUAUGCGAACUUAGAACGGUUUUGCAUGGACAUGUUACCGAUGUGGAGUUACGUUCGCUAGUAGAAAACACCAUGAAACAUUACUUUGAGCUAUUCCGGAUGAAAUCAGCAGCUGCAAAAGCCGAUGUCUUCUUCGUCAUGUCAGGGAUGUGGAGAACUUCUGCAGAGCGGUUCUUUCUUUGGAUUGGAGGGUUUCGACCCUCUGAUCUUCUCAAGGUUCUUUUGCCACAUUUUGAUGUCAUGACGGAUCAACAAGUUCUAGAUGUAUGCAACUUAAGACAAUCAUGUCAGCAAGCUGAGGACGCGUUAUCUCAAGGUAUGGAGAAGCUACAACACACACUUGCGGAGUGCGUUGCACGUGGAGGACUGGGUGAAGGAAACUAUAUUCCUCAGGUGAAUUCUGCAAUGGAGAGAUUAGAAGCUUUGGUCAGUUUUGUUAAUCAGGCUGAUCACUUGAGACACGAGACAUUGCAACAAAUGCAUAGGAUCUUGACCACAAGACAAGCGGCUCGAGGAUUAUUGGCACUUGGUGAGUAUUUUCAAAGGCUUAGAGCCUUGAGCUCGAGCUGGGCAACGAGACAUCGUGAACCAACAUAGAUUUAAGUUUUUGAAAACAACAAGAAGAAUCAAGAAUGAAGAGGAGUGCAUCUUGGAAAAACAGAGGAUUACUCAUAAUAAGUGGGGGGGUUGCUGCUGAUGAUUAUUUUUUAUUCUGCGGCGGAAUCAGGAAAAAUUGAAAAAACAUGUAUUAAACUUGUAAAUAUCAGAAAAGAUGGAGGCGUUCGUUUUCCGGGGUGCAGCUUAUUAAAGAGACAAAGUUUUUCGGAUGUUUGUUUGAUUAUAUAGAACUUGGUCCUAAAAUUAAUAAUAAUACAUAAAAUGUGCGUGUUCGAGUUA